AUGAUCAAAGUUGCUGUUUUGCUGUUGAUGACGACGUUGAGGAUGAAGAUGUCCUUAAUAGGGGGGUGGUUGGAGGUACAGAAGUGCCAAAGGGAGGGAAAGCAGGAAAAAAAGGAAACAGAAAAGGAGAGGUUGGAGAAAUACGCGAUUUAUAUUGCCAAGAAAGUUGACGGGGAAAGCUUGUGGUCACGUGUGUGUGUGCAGGUGACUACCAAGGCCGCCGUGGAGAUAAAACCAGGAGUGAGAUUCCAGGGUUGCUGUUGGGUGGCGACGCUGGGGGGAGGCGGAGUGAGGCGGAGUGAGGCGGAGGGAGUCCGUGGCGAUGGGCGACAAGUCAAAGCUUGCAAGGAAUUCAAACAGCUUGAUGCGACGUCUACGGAUGAACUUGGACCGAGAUUGGGCUCCUUUAAAUGGCCUAAAAUAGUUAGUUAA